AUGGCUAGCAAGAUUGUUAAGUGUGUGAUGAAGUCUGUGAUUAAGAGUAAGGGAAAUCGUUUAGAAGUGAGAUGUUCGAUAGAGGAUGACUACAUAAUUGUGUCACGAACAAAAGGGAGCAUCAAAAUAGCAUCUAUUGAGAUAGUAGGGAAUUUGCUCACUGUUCAGAGAAUUGUUGCUACCUUCUUGUACGGAGCUGCACACGGUGAGGGGAGGUCGCUCGACACAAUCAGGAGGGAGCUCGGCUACUUCAAGCGGAAUGCAAAUGGAAAUCAGUGGGUAGGCAACCUCCAAUCCGAAACUUUGCAGCUGAAACCCGAUGAGGGCCAUCCUCAUGCUGUUCCGACGAAAGGGGUCGUUGUCGUUGGAGCCACACAGUGGGUCGAAAACUACAACGUCCCAAUAUUCUCGACUGACAUGGCUGUUGUUCGGAGAAUAGCAAAGAGAAUCAGCUGCAGAGGCGGCGGGCUUCCAUCCGUGCAGUCUAUGGCUCUUGCUCACGGUAAAGGUAUGAUCGAGGUGGAUUGCAACCUGUUGGAUACGAGUAAAGCUGGUGGCGAGGAUGUGCAGCGAGCAGUCGAGUGCCUCGCUCGGGAAAAAGGUAUGGACGUCGAAGAGGGAUACUAUACCGAUCUUUCUCAGAACCAAAAGAAGUUUAUUUGCUUCUUUGACGUCGUCUAUGGCGACGUGGAGACGGGUCUCGGCGGCGGUCCGUGCGGCGGCAGUGGCGGCGGCGGCCUCGAGUUGUGUGGGACGAGGGAAGCGCGGGGACGGAGGUGAAUAUUAGAGAGAGAGAGAAAAGAAAGAGAGAGAGAGAGAGAAGUAGAUA